UCCUGUGACCUGCAGGUGCCGGGUCCCAUGCUGAAGCAGAUGCCCUCUCCUGGUGGCAGCGCGGUUGGAGGAGUAGGAGGUGUCGGAGGCGUGGGAAGUGUCGGAGGGGUCGGCGGUGUUGGCGGAGGAGGGUUCCCUCCCCAGAUUUCCCCGCAGCAGCUAGCAAUGCUCGGCAACAUUUACCCCCACAUGCAGCAGUUCCAUCUGGCUUGUCAGCUCCUGCUCCAACAGCAACAGCAGCAGCAGCAGCAGCAGCAGCUCCUGCAGAACCAGAGGAAGUUCCCCCAGCCCCAGCCUCAGCCUCUCCGGCAGCAGCCUGACCCCCAGCAGGUGAGCACCACCAUGUUCUACACCCUAUCAUACACUGUCAUAUAGGGAUGCACCGGUUGC